GAGGGCGAGAGAGGCAUUUCCCGGUUGAGAAACGCACGGAUGCCGAAUUCUCCGCCCGCCAGACACCGUCCAUCAUCUCGCCGGAGCUCCGCGGCGCUUCCCUGUGACCGGCGGCGCUGCUCUGCCAUGUAGUACAAAGGGAACAUCGAGAGAAAUAUGAAAAUGCUCCGAUUCCGCACUUCGAGCCUCCGGUCUCUGGACCAGGAGAUCCUGUGCACGGUGAGACUGCUGGACGACUCGGAGAUCUCGUGCAGCAUCCAGAGAGACACCAAGGGCCAGUUCCUGCUUGAUCACGUCUGCAACCACUACAGCCUCCUGGAGAAGGACUACUUCGGCAUCCGCUAUGUGGACCAGGAAAAGCAGAGGCACUGGCUGGAGCCCAACAAGUCCAUCGUGAAGCAGAUGAAAGCUCAGCCACCGUACACCAUGUGUUUCAGAGUCAAGUUUUACCCCCACGAGCCUAUGAAAAUAAAAGAAGAGCUCACCAGGUACCUCCUGUACCUGCAGCUGAAAAGGGACAUUUACCACGGCCGCCUGCUGUGCCCCUUCGCCGAAGCGGCGUACCUCGGGGCCUGUAUCGUGCAAGCCGAACUAGGGGAUUACGACCAGGACGAACACCCCAUGGACUACAUGAGCGAAUUCAAACUGUUCCCCAAGCAGAGUCAGAAGCUGGAGAGGAAGAUCAUGGAGAUUCACAAGAACGAGCUAAGGGGGCAGUCUCCUGCCUUGGCCGAACUCAACCUCCUUCAGAGAGCACACACGCUGGAGACGUACGGAGUCGAUCCCCACCCCUGCAAGGACUUCACAGGAUCCACAGCAUUUCUCGGGUUCACAGCCACCGGCUUCGUGGUGUUCCAGGGAAACAAGAGGAUCCAUCUGCUGAAAUGGGCUGAUGUCAGCAAACUGAAAUUUGAAGGGAAGACAUUCUAUGUGAUUGGGAUUCAGAAGGAGAAGAAACUGGUGCUGACGUUCCACACCUCCACGCCAGCCGCCUGCAAACAUCUGUGGAAGUGCGGGGUGGAGAACCAGGCCUUCUACAAGUGUGCAAAAUCAAGCCAGAUAAAGACGGUUUCCAGCAGUAAUAUCUUUUUCAAGGGCAGCAGAUUUCGGUACAGUGGAAGAGUUGCUAAAGAGGUUAUAGAGGCCAGCUCAAAAAUUCAGAGAGAUCCCCCAGAGGUGCACAGGUCCAACUUUGGCCAGAGCAGGAGCUUUAACUCCCUGAGCAACAAACACCUCAUCAUGAACAUGGAGCCUCUGUUGCCAGCACUGCCCUCUCCCAGGGAGCACGAAGAGAUCCCCACAGACUCCAGUCUAUUGGCCCUGAAGGAGUCUGUGCACCUCUCCCCCCUGAAACUGCCCAUCUCACAGCUGGAGGCAGGGGAAGAAGCGGGCGAGAGGGUCGGUGAUGUUCCUCUUUCGGAGGAACAGGCUCUAUGUGAAGAGAAGGAACAGGAGGAGGACGAAGAAGAGGAGGAGGAGGAGGAGGAAGAAGGUGCCCUGACCAUCUCUGAGUUGAUGUACAACCCAUGUGCCAGCCUCCUGCCCACUCCAGUGGAGGAUGGAAGUGGCGUGGACCACCUCUUUGAAAGCCCUGUGAAGCUGUUGAAAGAACUGCAUGCUGACCCUGAGCUGCAAGAGGAGCUAGAGGUGGAGCGAGUGCGUCAGAGAGCUGAGGCAGAGCAAAUGAGCGAGGUGCGCAGGGUGCUGGGCUGUGGGUACAGCCUGCUGACGGGAAACAAGCAGGUGAACGCCUGCCUGCGCAGCCUGGCCCGCCUGCUGGCUGUGUGCCUGGGCCUUCUGAUGGUGCUGCUGCCUCUACUGCUGGUCCUGCUCGAGUCUGACAUCGACAUCUCCUUCCUGCACGAGAUCCGCCAGACCCCUGAGUUUGAGCAGUUCCACUACGAGUACUACUGCCCUCUGCGACGUUGGGUGGCUUGCAAGAUAAACAUUGUUCUGGAGAAACUGGGGGUUGAAUGAGAACUAAGGAGCAAUUAAACUUCUCUGACGACUAGUACAGUGGGCUGAGCUUGGUUCGGUUUGAAGGGUUGCUUUCAUCUGCAGGUUAUUUCUGUGUGGUCACCUUUUUGCCAGCUUUGUGGAUACUGAUGGUCAGGAAUUGCGGUCGAUUUACUUGGAGGCAUUCACAGACACACACACACACACACACACACACACACACACUCAAGAAGAUUGAAGUAGAAGAUUUGCUACUCAACAAGGUAGCAAAGUACUGUAAUUUUUCUGCCAGAUUACAUUUUAUAUUAAUAUUUAGCACCAGAGAUAAGUCAGUGCUUUCAAGCUGCAUGAGGUAGCAAGCAAGGUGCUAACAUGACAUCUAAGCAAAGAGAACUGAUGUUCUAAAAAUGGGAGUUGAACCUGUAUGGUGUUGCAGUCAAGAAGAGGUGCACUUUCAACUGAGCAAUGGUAUGUGUGAAGGCUCCCACUACUGAGAAACAGGAAAGUACGGAGAGGUAAAAACCAACCGAGCUGUGACUGUUGCCUUUUAGUACAAUCAUUGAAGUAAACACUUAAACUGAUAACUGAUGUCUGUAUGGAACUACUCAUUAUUAGGGUCCUUAAAUUAUACCAACAGAAUCUCAUAUAUUAUCAUUGUGUAAACCAGCAGCUGAAUAAAUAAUUAGCCAGGAUCUGUGGUACAAGCGUGCCUGUUAUUUUUUAGCAGUACUGAUGUUUAAUUACAUAGAAAUAGCACCUAUUUGAAAGCAGCCCUGAUUUUUAGCAUCAAUCCUUAUGUUUAAAAGACAACUACAGCCUAUAGAUAUAUGUAUAUUUAAAAAUAAAACUUUAAGCUGUUUUUAAUGUUUUGUAUAUUUUUAUGUGAUACAAGAAUUUCAGGAAUUUUUCAGUCUGAAAAUCUACUUCACCUUUAAAGGUACAGAUAUGUUGGAGACGGGGGCACAGGGAGAGGUAAGAUAUUUCUAUGUACACUGUUAAGUUACCUAGAAAGGUAGCACUGUGGGUUUUUACAAGAUACAGCACAAUGUUUUAAGAUGAAGAUAUACGGUAUUGCCUGGGAUUUUGUGCAUGGUGUUACAGAGGUAUUGCCAGAAGUAAAUGAAAUAUGUUUUGUUUUGUGUUGAACUGUGAGUCCAUGUGUACUGCCCUGGCUGUUUGAAGUCCAGGAAUCUGGUCUGAAGAUGGAGCAGUGGUGUCCAUUUGCAGUACAUUUAUGCCCAGCUGACAAUGAAAAUGUCCACAGCUACUGUGGUCCUGCCAUGGAAGUGUGAACCUGGUAGCAUUAGGAAUCUGACAGCAGAAAUCCCCAUAUUCUCAGGUGUGAGGCUUGCUGUGUAACAUGGCAAAGAAGCAAUCUGUGAGCUGAAGAGGAAUUCCCAGUUACAGUACAAUUACCCCGCAAACACAGCGCCAUACAAAACUGCACUUGGCUUCAGCAAAAUACAGCCAGAGGCUAAAAAAUUUAAAUUAUUCAGAACAUUGGUCACAAUUUGGAAGCCCAAGUGCUUUAAUGAUAUCUUGUUGGACAUUACUCUCAGGAAAGGAGGAAGGGCAGUUGAUUGAUGUCAUCUUUGUGUGUAUGCACACGCAGAAUAAGCUCUAUUAAAAUAUAUAUGCAUUAGAAAUGUUUUCCUACCCUAUCCAUCGUUCAUUGUUUUCUGUGUGCUCUCUGUUUCACUCAGUCAUUGGUGGUGAGGUUCAGUCAUUGGAUAAGCCUUCACUUAAGUACAAGGAAGUGCAUUCCAAUAACUGCAAAGCGCGAAGCACUUGAAUACAUUGACAUAUCUCUGUACCUCAAAUUUUUACCUUGAUCAUAACAGCCCCUACUGUAAGUAUGUACAGUUUUACUACAUCAGUUACUUUAUUUGAAGAUGUCAAGAUGACCACCACACAUACAGAAAGUGAUAUGUCACUUCAGUAAAACCAAAGUAUCAUUUAAAAUAUUAAUCAUAUAUGUAAAUAUGCAUAAACUGCAUUAGAGUAAUUGAUGUCUGUUGUCUAUGCUCUAAACCCAGUUCUGGCCAUGUCAUUUACUUCUAGUAAGAUAUCACCAUUUUCCCUCUGAGCUAAUGUAUAUUAAAUACUACAUUUGGAAUCCCAGUGAAGAAAAAUGAAUACACUGUGCUCUUGUUUUGCAACUUCAAUUUUGAUUUUCGCCAUUUGCAGAUAUGUACCACAACUUGGGUGAAUUUUAUUUGUUUUCACUUGAAAAUAUUAGUAAGAUUUUACCUGCAUGUGUAUGUAUGUAUAUAGUGUAUCAAUACAAAUCACAGCUUACAGAGAGCAGUAGACUAUAUUGUAAAGAAAAUGUUGUUUUCUGCUGUAUAAUGAAACGUCCCCUUCCUGUCAUAUACGUGCAUGGCUACCACAUAAAAAACAAACAUGAACAUUGUACUUUACUUUGCCUUCCUUCUUGUAAGGUACAUAUAGAGUAUUGUGAGGUUUCUUUUUUGUUUCCAAAAGCAUCUCUGUCAGGGGGGCACCUGUAAAAAAAAAAAAAAAAAAAUGCAAAAGUGGUAUUAAAUC